AUGAAAAUUAAUGCAUACAAAAUGGGAACUGUAACUGUUUCGAUUUAUGGAAAUAACGGUACUUUGGAUACUGAUACAUGUUUGAAUAAAUAUGCAGAAAUUCUUGCAUAUAUUAAAGAGGAAGUUAAUAAUGUACACGAAAAUUCAGAAAAAUGCAGAAAAGUGCAUGAAUAUAUAAACGAAAAAAGUGCUUUAUUAAAUGAAUGUAAUAUAAGAAAGCAUUUAAGCCUAGAUUUAAAUGAUUCUAAUGAAAUAAAGAGCUUUAAAGAAAAAUGUAACAAACAUCUUGAGGAUAUUAGUAAACCUGCACUUCAAGAACAACAGGAUACAAAGUUUAAACUUGAAGAAGAAAAAUCACCUGGACAAAGCGAAGAAAGUGGACAAAAAAGCAAAACUGCAAAAGUAAAAGGAGGUGCAUCACAAAAAGAAAGUAAUGAAGCCCCCCCUACAAUUAGUAUUUCAGAAGGACAACAAUCCGGAGAUGAUGGAAAAGAAUAUGCUGAAGUAGAUGGAUCAAUAAGAGGACAAGUAUCGCCCCAGGAUCAACAUGACACAACUUUGCAUAGUAGUGCAGAUGAGGCUCAAGAAGUAAAAACAUUAGCACAACUGAGCCAACAAAGUGGUAAAUAUGAACAUCAACAAAAAGAGAUGGAACUUAUAUUUGCCUCAGAUAACGAAGGAGAAACUGAAUCAAAUGAUUGUCAAAAUAAACCUUCUUCAUCAUGUAGUCUUGAGGGGAAAUCAGAUGAAGCUGGAACUCCCCAAGCAAAAGGUUUAAAAGAAGCUUCUAAACAAGGUGAUACACAGGAUGAAAACGCUGUAGUUCUUAGCACUUUGCAAAAUCCCUACAGUGAAGGUAAUAUGACGCAACAUAGUGAUCAUGAAAUUAUUUUAACAGAACUCUGUAGUGAUACUACACAUUCUGGCAUAACUUCUUCUGCUGAAGUUGGUGCUUCCAAAGCACCUAAUAAUGUAACAUCCCAUAGUGUUGAUAGUGGUAAGAUACAGCAUUUCUCUUACACUAUUUCAUAUCAUAUUUCCUAUUUACUUGUUCAUAAAUUGGCGCCUUCUACACUAGAUGUUCAUUCUCAUUUUACUACAUCAUUAAAUGUAUUACCUUCUCCGCAAAAGUUUAUAACUCUUAUAAGUCAUACAUAUGAAUGA